AUGACUCCUGAUUACGACAUCAUUGUAAUUGGCGGUGGUCCAGCCGGUCUCAGCGCGGUCUCGUCAAUCGUCCGCCAAGAUCACAAGACAUUACUAUUCGACUCGGGAAAAUAUCGCAAUGGCCUCAGUAAUCACAUGCACACGGUGGCAUCCUGGGACCACCGCCAUCCUAGCGAGUUCCGAGCCGCUGCUAGAGCCGACCUUGACCGUUACGGUUCCGUCACAAUUGAAGACGUCGAAGUUGAGUCGGCCAAAAAGCUCGAGGAUGGAUGUUUUCAGGUCGAAACGGCCGGAAAGUCGUGGGUUGGAAAGAAGUUGAUCUUGGCAACUGGAGUCGAGGAUGUCUUUCCAGAUGUUCCGGGGUACGAGGAUUGCUGGAUUUCAGGCGUUUUUCACUGUCUGUAUUGCCAUGGAUGGGAAGAAAAGGGCGUCAAAUCAGCGGGUAUGCUCGCCGAAGGUGCCACAGGCAAAUGGGUCCCAGCCCUUCACUUUGCCCGUCAAGCCCUACGCAUGGCCGAGACAGUCACACUCUACACUGACGGCAACGAAGAGCUCGGCCAGGAGAUCAAAGAUGCGCUCAAAGCAAACCCAGCACCCAUGACUGUAGACACGCGAAAGAUUACCAAGCUUGUCAAGGCCCCGGAGCGAGCUCAAGUCACUCUGCACUUUGCCAGCGGCGAGAGCAAAACCGAGGGAUUCCUGGCUCACAAGCCACAGACUAGACUGAGAGGCUCUCUGGCCAAGCAGCUCGGGCUCGAGAUGACGCCUAUGGGAACCAUCCAGGUUACUCCGCCGUUCAAUCAGACCAGUGUAAAAGGUGUGUUUGCCGCUGGAGACUGCUCUUCACCCAUGCAAACUGUCACGGCAGCCCUUCACUCGGGCACUUGUACUGGAGGUGGAGCGCCCCUACAAAUCCAGGCCGAGACCUACGGACAGCCGGCAAUAUUCUAG